UUCAUCAACUUUGCUCAAAAAUUACAAAUUAUAAUAAAUCUUUUACUUUAUUCUAUCGUUUCAGUUCCCGGACAUCCACAGGUAAUCCGUGGCUGCUUCUAUGGUGAUGUUUCGAAUACGCAAUCCGGCUGCCAAGCCGAUCCCUCCUUACCAUUCGUGAAGCAGUUGUCGUGCGAUGUCUGCACUGGCAAUCUCUGCAAUGGCUCCAGCGCCACAGCCCCCAUAGCCGCCGCCAUUGUACUUUUCUUCGCAUUGGCACGUAUGCUGUCCUAAGUUGCUGGGUCGCCACAGUAAUCUGCGCUGUUUCACAAAAUACCAUACAAAAUUGAGUAUAGGACCUUAAUUUCUCCAACAAACAGCGUUCUAAAUCUCAAUACUGUAUUCUUAGUGUAGUGUACUCGUAGCUUUGUGCAUUUUAUUUGAUCUUUUUACAAUCAUAUGGCGAUGGAUUGCGCCCGGAAUAUGCGUUUAUAUGAAAAAACACUGGACAAGUGUGUAUAUUUAAGUGCUCUUGUAUGUUUUUAAUUUUAUUAAAUAAAAUAUGUGUAAAUUGUAAUUUUUUCUAUCA